UACGCUGUUCCCUUUGUGACUUCACAACCACCCAGUGGGUCUGGAAGAGAGGCACAAGCUAAAUUCAAAACAGUAAAGGAUUUAUGUCUCUACCAUUAUCCUCUCUGCUCAAUCCUCUUUGUAUCCUUUGCACCUGUUAUUGUCUUUGAUUCAGGAAACUGCCCCCUAGCCCGUUUUGUUUUCUGAGUUGCUCACUAAAUUCCCAAUUAGCACUCCCUCAAUUGGAUGUCAGCGAUGUCAAGUCUGGCAGUUUUCCGCCCCGGGCUAUUGUUUCUAGUUAUUUAUUCACUGAAGUGGCUACACAUCGCGUAUAUCAGCUGAGGGCAGUGAUUCUGUUUGACAAUUCCAAAUUCAUGCGGGGAAAUAAUUGAGGGAAUGGCACCUUCCGCCAAUAAAAGAUUCAACAACCUCAGGAAGUGUGCGAUGGUUUUUAGAUAUUUUUGUUUACCGCAUCUGUGGUUUCUGUUGAGGAAAAGAAUGGACGGAUGCUAUCAUUUCCUGCCUGUUCCCAAGGCUCCUUGGCUAAUGGGCAGCUUAAUGGCUCAGGGUCACUGGGAAGCCACAAAGAUGGCGGAUCCUUGCAUUCUCAGAGCAGCUACUGUGACGACAUGCCGGCUAAGAAGAGACCUCGGCUACAGGCCCAGAGAAAGUUCGCCCAAUCCCAGCCCAACUCACCAAGUACUACACCUAUCAAAGUGGCAGAACCAGGGAACUUGAACACCAGCCAAGCCACUGUGCCCACCUCAUCUCUGUCAUCCAUCUCCACGUCAUCACUGUCCUCCUUCAUCCAGGAUCUGUCCAGACGGAAGCCCAAGACCGAGGACUUCCUCACAUUUCUCUGUCUCAGAGGUUCAUCAGCCCUGCCCAACAACAUGGCUUACUUUGGAAGCUCUCAGGAGGAGGAUGACCUGGAGGAAGACCAGGAGGAGGAUGUGGAGGAGGUGAAGAAUGGAGUUCACUCCCAUGGUGCAACCAGCAGCAACCAGGCCUCCGUCUCCUCCUGCCACUCAACACCUCGCAAAGGCAGGAUUCCUACCAGGCAGCCACUCAACGGACAUGUUUUCAACAACCAUGGAAAAGCAGGAACCAGAGAGAGUCCCAGGCCCAAGGUGGGAGCUCACAGCAGGGAUGUUCCUCCUCCGCCGCCCCUGCUGAGGGAGCGCAGCGAGCGGGCAGAAGCUCGGGAGCAAAUCAGGUUGCAGCAGGCCUUGGCCAGCAGUCGCCGUACUGCCAAUGGGCUGCCACCGAGAAGAGCUGCUGAGGAGCUACGCAAACAGUUUACCAAGGUGAAUGGACUGACUCGAGCAGGAUCGGCACGAGCUGCCAUCAAUGCCAAGAAGGACCGUGACUUCCGACUGCCGUCCAAAACUGUGAAGAAGUACACAGCCACUGUGUCCAAGGGCCAUGUCACCUACACCAAAGCCAAACAGCGAGAACUGGGCAGGAAAACCAAACUCCACAGCAGCAGCAGACACAACUGCGCCUCGGCGUCAGCGAACAAUCACAAUCAGCACAGCCAGCCAGCAGCCAGCAGCAGGCUGGCCCACUCAGGAAAAGCAGCGGCAACAGCCCACCACAGCAAUGCAAAAACACGCAAACAGGUGCUACUAUCUAACGGGCUUCACAAUAUGACGGCCGGAACCCGCCUCAACGGUCGGCUCAAUGGACAGCGGCACAAUUCGCUGCCCAAGGACUUUGAGAAGAGACAUUUGCAGAAUGGUCACGUGGAGUGUUCGGUAAGGGAGGGCCUGCGCAACUCCAAGCGACGGCUGGAGGUCGUGCUGACACCAGUGGGGCCGGGGGCCGCCGAGAAGACCAGUGGCACUGAGGCCAAAAAGGCCAAACUUCUGGCUUUGCCUCUGGAAACACGCAGCAGCAGCAGCAGCAAGAAAGCGCUCCCUCAUGAAAAGAUUCAGACGCCAACUGCCAAGCCCACCACUCCAAUUUGUAAUGGACAUGUGUCAGAAUCGCUCCCCUCUACUCCUAAACUGACUCCAUCCUCACUUCCACCCACUCCCCUAAACAAACAACUCCCGCCUUCUUCUACACCAGCAGCCAACACAGCGUCGGUGAACCAGCGACCUAAACGGGCGUCGGCGGGAAAGCUGAUGUUGAUUCGACAAGCACAGCAGCAGCUGAGCAGGUCACAUGGCCGCAGCUCCAGCUCCUCCCCUUCGUCAGGGCAGAAUCACGUAAAGACUUCAAGCACUACCUCAAAUCCUCAUCUGACCUCUGUCACCUCCUCCACCACCUCGUCUCUGCUUCCUUCCGCCAACGGCCCUGGAGAGACCAGACAAGCAGUAGUGCGAUCUGCCGAACGCGACAAGGAGUGGGAGCGCGAGAAGGAAAUGAUGCGUCGGAAGGAGCGUGAGCAGGAGAAGGAGUGGGAGAGGCAGCGGAGCUGGGCAGAAGGCUGGGGCGCUCUUGGGGACGUCCCCAUCUUUAGACCGGUGCCCCGGGAGUUCCAGGACCCCCUGGUGUACUUGGAUGCAGUGAGGGAACAGGCUGAGGCAGCCGGCAUGUGCCGCGUGGUGCCACCUCCAGACUGGCGGCCGGAAUGCAAAUUGAGCGAAGAGAUGCGUUUUGUGACACAGGUUCAGAGAGUGCACAUGCUGGGACGGCGCUGGGGCCCCAAUGUGCAACGGCUGGCGUGCAUCCGCAAACACCUCAAAUCUCAGGGCAUUACCAUGGAGGAGCCACCCGUCAUCGGCGGCUGUGAAGUGGACUUGGCUCGUUUUUUCCAGCUCAUCAACGAUAUGGGCGGCAUGCAGCAGGUGAUGGACCUGAAGAAGUGGACCAAGCUGGCCGACCUUCUGCGCAUCCCAAAGUCGGCGCAGGACCGGCUGGCCAAGCUGCAGGAGGCGUACCUCCAGUACCUUCUCUCAUAUGACUCGCUCAGCGCGGAUGAGCGCCUCCGGCUGCAGACCGAGGUACUGCAGGAGAAAAAGCAGCUGGAGUCUCGGCGGGGACCUUUGGAAGGGUUCUUGGACUCCUCAACUCCAAGUGCACUGGCGCUACCCCGCUAUGAGCCCAAGAACGGGCUAGUCGGUGGGAUAGUGGGAGGGGCACAAGUACCACACCGCACUAACGGAGUCUACCACCGUCUGAAGGAGCUGGAGGCUCAGGUCAAAGCAGGCCGGCGCCGGCUGUUUGCUCAGGAAAAACACGGCAAAGAGGACAAGCAGCAUGUGGAGGAGCAGGAGGAGGAUGACCAAAGUGUUGUGGGCGACCAACACAAGUGUAUUUACAAGGGGAAAUCGGUGUCGUUGACGAACUUCUUCAGGAUCGCCCGGAACACCAUGACUAUGUGCUUUAACAAGGAGCCUGGAGCUGCCGAGGUGGAGCAAGAGUACUGGAGGCUUGUGGAGCAGAGAGACAGCCACGUGGCGGUGCAUUGUGGGAAGGUGGACACUAGCACUCAUGGAAGUGGUUUCCCGACAGGAAAAUCAGAGCCAUUUUCAAAACACGGAUGGAACCUCACUGUCCUCCCCAAUAACUCUGGAUCCAUCCUGAGACAUCUUGGUGCUGUGCCAGGGGUGACCAUUCCCUGGCUAAACAUUGGCAUGGUCUUUUCUACCUCAUGCUGGUCUCGAGACCAAAAUCGCCUUCCGUAUAUUGAUUACUUACACACUGGUGCUGACUGCAUUUGGUAUUCUGUCCCUGCUGAGGAGAAGGCUAAACUGGACAAGGUGGUCCACACACUGCUGCAGGCCAAUGGGACCCCAGGACUGGAGAUGUUAGAGAAAAGCAUCAUGAUCUCUCCGGAGUUGCUGUGUCGCGAGGGUAUCAAGGUUUACCGCACCGUCCAGCGGAGCGGUCAGUUCGUGGUCUGCUUCCCCGGUGCCUUCGUCUCCAAAGUUUGCUGCGGCUACAGCGUGUCAGAGACGGUGCACUUCGCCACGCCACACUGGAUGAACCUCGGCUAUCAAGCAGCAAAGGACCUGAAAUGUCGGCGUAUCGCCAAACCUUUCUCCAUGGAGAAGCUACUGUACCAGAUUGCCACAGCCGAGUCCAAGCGAGACAACGGUCUCCUCCUCACCACCAUCUCCUCCCUCCUCAAAGACCUCAGGAACAUAGAGAUGCAUCAUCGGCAGGAACUUUUCAAAGCGGGUCUGCUCUCCUCCGCCCGCUACGGCACUCACGACAGCAGCCUGGUGCCCAGUGAGGCGCGGAAGAAAGCUCGCGGUAAAUGGCUGGCUCUGGAGUCGUCGGAGCGCCGCUGCCAGAUCUGCCAGGACCUCUGUUACUUAUCCAUGGUGGUCCAGGAGACUGACAACGUGGUCUUCUGUCUGGAGUGCGCCCUGCGCUACGUGGAGAAGCACAAGUCCUGCCGAGGCCUUAAGAUGAUGUACCGUUACGAUGAGGAGCAAAUUGACAGCUUGGUGAGGCAGGUGUGUGGGAGAGCCAUGGUGAAGAACGGAGGCAGCGGCGGCGCCGUCAUCGUAGGAGCGAUGGGCGAUUCGUGUCACUCCCCCCCACCGCAGAAGCGAGGGCCUCGGAAACGCUCCUCUGUGGAAGUGGCCCUGUCCCGCCUGUCCUCUAGCCACAUGCCCAAGGCCGCCGCUGUGUCCUGAGGGAGGCCGCUCACACCCUGCUACAUCUAUCACCGACCCACCUCCCCCUCCAUAUUUAAGAUGCGUUGGCGAAUAUUCACCUCCUCCCUUAGCGCGACGCGCUUGUUUACACAUUUAAACAAGGUGUCAUUUUUGCACUAGUGUGAAAGAAGAAUUAGGUCACAUGUAUUGGGACGCCUCCGAAACACAACACAAAACCUUUUUAAGUUCAGUUUUGCGACCGAGACUGAAGACACGCCUCCUCAUCAUGUGACAAAGUUGGACUCCCCCCCUCCCACAUCCAGUAGUACCCAAAGUCUCUCCCUUGUUCGGGGCAUCAGUGAGGGGGGUAAAACUUGAAAGACAGACAAUGUUUGUUUAUUGUUGGUUGGCGAUAUUUCCUCACCUUUUCAUUUGAAAAGUCUAGCUUUGUUUUGUUUUUUUCAAUAGUUUUUCUUUCUGUGUAUUUUAUUGUUUCGGUGGAUCGGUUGGCGUGUGAGUGUCGGCGGAGCGACCUCGCCGCUCGCCUCACUUCCUGGUUGUGUGGAGGCGCUUCCUCCUCUGCUUGCGAGUGAAAACUGUGCCUGAUACUUCGCGAGGAGAUCCGAUUCUUGGUGCUGUUGCUUCCAAUUACUGUAUAACAACACAAAUGUUCAAAUCCCGCCUGGCCCCCACCUCACAGGGCGGACUGGCCUCCAGGCUUCUCUGCGUCUUGAUGUGCAAUCGUGUUAACAUUCCAUUCUUCCCGCAGUUUCAUCUGUACCAGUCAACAUGAAUUAUUCUAUUAUUAUUGUUAUUUUUAUUAUUAUUAUUUUAUGUUGCGUUUUAACUUUUCCUGAUGUGUUUAACUGCCAAAGGCUGUUGUAUUCACCGGACGGGGGAAAAAAAACAUGUUUUUCUGAAUGAUCAGCCAGGAGCCUGUUGAAGGUGAGAGAGAGCAGGAAGUGAGUUGUGUGCAGGAGCACACAUGAUCUACCUCUGGACCAUGAAGUUGGUGCAAGAGUUUAAAAGACAUAAAUCCAUACUAAGAAUGAAAAGUUACAUCCGCUAAAGCUUGCUCUUCAAAAAAAGGUUUUGUCAAUUUAAAAAUUCAUCCUCAGCAAUUUAGCGAAAGACAGAAGGCUGGAUUCAGAACAGCAGAUUUCCCGACCGGAAACGCAACACCUGCCUGUGCAGUUAUCUCCAGUAGAGCCACUAGUGUGAGUGUCAAAUGUGAAAUAUCAAACCCUCUUACUAUCUUUAUUUUUUCCAUUUCUGUUUUUGAAGAAACAUUACGACCACCACCACAUUUUUUCUGUACAUAAUCCUGUAAAUGUCUUUAAAAUACGAGCCUUUUUGCGGCGUCGAGUGGGAGAGAAGGAAGGAUCGGAGAGGAGGAUGAAGAAAAAGCCUUACAUUACCCUUUCUUCAUCCGUGUGAGUGUCACGCUUACAGGGUUGCUCUGCUAAACAUGUAUAAAAUUUGAAGUGCUGCUUAAGAGAUAAGAUUAUGAGUAGCCAACAACUGCCCCCCCUUUCCCCCUUUAACUAGUCUUUCUUUGUUUAGCUUUACUUUUUUAAAGAAAAGGGAAAAAAGUGAGAGAUGUUCACACAAAAAAGAUGGGUUUUUACAUUUUCAUUGCUGAAAAUUCAACAACAAUGUCGUAGCUUCUCAUGUUGCACUGAGCUUGUCAGUGGAGACUGUCAAGAGAAAUCCACUUUGUCGUCGUCCCUGCAGAAGACUGAACUGUUUUUGGACUAUUUAAAGAAACUGAAACGGAAUAACAGUGGUUGUCAAGUUUUUAUGGCCUUACCAUAUUUCUCCCUCUUACGUUUUGUUUGUUCAGUUUAGCUCGAUUGUUUCCAUUUUUCUACAAACGACUUGCUGACAGCGGGAUCUCUGGUGACUUUAUUUAUUAGCGCCGCAGCUCGGCAGCUCUCCCUCCUCAUGGAAAGAGUCUCAUAUUGGUUUUAUUGACAGUUUUUUACUUUUGCAGUUUGUACCUGAGGUUUAAUAAAAAUGUACCGACAAGUCUUUUUUGCAUAUU